AUGUAUUCUUAAUCUCUAAAGAAUAAUGAAUAUAUUUGUUUUUAAUUUAAUUUUCUGUUUAGAGUGCUUCAAAAUAUUUAAUUUGAUAUAAUUACUUUUUUCUCAUUUUUAUUAAAAAAUAUUUUUAAUAAUUUUGAAUACUUCUGUCUAAUAUUUAAGGUACUCAAAACUCUGAAACUCUUAUUAUUAAUUUUACCAUAAAUCAGUGGCAUAAUAUUUGAUCAAGGGUUAUGUUAAGAAACAUGUUAGACCAAUUUUGUUUGCAAGAACCAAAUUCAAUAUACAUUUACUAUAGCGUUUAAUUCUCCUUUUGAUAAUGUUCCUUAAGUUUUUCUUGUCUUAGAUCAUAUUGGUGUUUAUGUGAAAACUGAUUUUAGAAUGUGGAUCGAUAAUGUCACUAAAUAAAGUGAAAUAUACAUAUAUUCAUUAAGAUUUCAACUUAUUUGUAGUUUGCUUAACUGGUCACGCACAUUGUGUUAGAAUUAAGUGGUAUGCUAUCGAUGAUUAGAGGUUUUAAAUAGUCAAUGCUUUUAAUACUAUAAAUCUUACUUAAAAGAAAUUUUAACACAAAAAUAAAAAUGUGAAUACAGAAAUUGCUCUGAUUUCCUUGAUAAGUCAUAAUUUUGAUGAAAUCAACUUUAAACUUUAAGUACUUUUUUAUCUAAAAUUGAGUUUGAUGAAAUUACAAGUGAUGAUGUAACAGUCUCUUUGAUAAAGGUGCCUGCAGAUUUUUCAAAACAGGUUUAAGUGGGAUUUCAAAUUAUUUUAGGACCAAAAGAAGCAUUCUAAAAAUUCAGUUCUAUUAUUGAUUCUACAGAAGAUUACUUAAAACAUAUUGAAGAGGUAUAAAAUGCAUGGUUUUUAUCCCUAUUUACUGGAAUGGGAUAUCCUUAUACUGAUGCUGUGAGAUUAGAUUAAUAAUGUUCGUGACAAGAAAAUUCCACAUUUUAGUAUACUUUAAAAACUUGUAAAUAUUUUUCCUAAUGUUAGGGUAAACUGCUUUUACUCCUUGCUCUCACUCUCAUGGAUAUCUUUCUCAUAACAUAAGCACAAUGUUUUAUUCUUUAAAUUUGAUAUAUUUCUAAGUCAUUCAAAAAUCAUAACUUUCUUCUGCUACUUAAAUAUCAAUUUAUUUCUUAGACAAUAAUUAAGUAUUAAAUAUAGUUGGGGAAUACAAUGUUACCUUAGCUCAGGGUCUCGAAAAGGUAACAAUCGAUAUUACAGUUGUUUGCCCUUAAGGAAAGAUAAUUGAAAGUAAUUUCAAGAAAUGCUAUGACUGUUCUCUUUAAUAGCUUUACAAAUCAAACUAUCAAUGCAGUAACACACUCAAAGAAUUAGUUUUCAAAACUUAUUAUGUAAAAUAAACUCCAGCAUAUUCUGAACUUUUAAUCAAGAUACAAGAAAAUUUUUAUGAGAUGAAAUAGAUACUUUACAAUUAAAAAAUUGAAGAAGCUCUAAUUUUUUCAAUAAAUUUAUAAGCUAUCUGA